AUGUCUGACUCUUCUGAAGCCGAUCAAUUCCUCUACGCGGCACUGGCAGCCGAAGUUGGUAAGCCGUCGACUCCUCCACCGGAGUUCCACCGCGCUCCCAACGUGGCAGCACCGGCGCCUGCGACGAAUGAGGCCGGCAGCAUGGCACGCAAUCAUACUGGCAUUGUCCCACCAGUUGCCGUCGCUAGACCUGCCCCGUCAGUUGCCGACGUGCCAGCUCACCUCGGCGCUCCGCCACUCAUCCCAUCUACGCCAGCAACAGUCAACAAUCCUGCCAAUGCCGUCGCUGCACCACUUGGUACUGUCGGUGGUACUGCCGCCCAGCCUGCCACGCAACAACAACGUACACGAAAGUACAACAAUGUUGGCGACGCAGCAGAUCCAUUCAUCUGCCCAGGCCUCAACCGGGACUGCUACCACGCGGUCCUGCGCGAGAGUGGUUACUGGCACCACAUCUUCCGCAAGCACCACUACACGCGAAAGCAGCUGGACAAGCCAGAGAACCAGCAUGUCCGCGACAUCUUCGUGCCAGCUCGCCGCGCCUCCUGGUAUCAGAACAGAGGCGUCGAUAUUACAUACCAGGGAAAUGAGCCCAAGCAGAUCGCGGUGCGGAAGCGUAUGGCUGUCGGCCUCAGAUCCACUGACCCAAAUUACGCGGAAACGGUGUAUGGAUCGACCAUGACACAGCCAGACGUGUGA